UAUCAAUAUUUAUGAACAGUUAAAAGAAAGCAAAUUUAAAGUAACAACAAACCAUGAGGUAGAUGUAUGUGAAGAAGCAUUAAGGUUUGUAAGCCACAAAUUGGACGAGUUAAAGCAAAUGAAUGAUGAAAAGCAAGAAGUUCAAUACGACAUUGACCAGGAUACAGUUAAAGCUGAAGAAAACAAACAAACAUGGGUAGAUGAUUCUGUACAAGAAUUAGACGAACACAGCGAAAUUUUAUACGAAAGAGUAAGACACGUCAAAAAAGAAGUACCUGAAGAAGUGGGGAUAUUGAAAACAGACAUUUCCGGAAAGGUAGGAAAAUUAGAAAAUGUCGUUUCUGAAAGAGUAGGUAAGCUUGAAACAGACAUGUCUGCUCUGAAGUCAGAUGGUUCUUCUGUGAAAGAACAAGUGACGUCACUAGAAAGCAAAGUUAGAGAACUAGAAAGUAAACGUCAAAUAUACAAGAGGCAUUUAGAUUAUGUCAAAGGGAAACAAGAGCUACAAGUUGAGCUAGUUAAGUAUUACCAGAGGUACUAUGUGAAGACAUCGCUUUCACCUUUGAAGCAACACCAGAAUUGUAUUAACGUUAAAGAUGUAUAUGUCCCUCCAGAGAUUGAAGUCAUCGAGGAGGAUCAAUCUGUGGAUAGGGUUGAAGAUUCGACAAUGACACCAGAGAAGAGAUAUGUAAACGGAUACUAUGAACUGUUUCAAACAAAUGGACAACGACAUAAAAAGAUAUAUAUAGUAGGUGACGUUGGAACGGGAAAGAGUACCUUUUGCAAAAUGAUGAUUGAAAACUGGUGUAAUGCUGUAACUGGUGCGCCAGAAGGGUCGAUUUGCGAUGAAAAUGCUCAUGAUGGAACGGAAUUCGUAUUCAGUGAUACAAAUAUGGUCAACAGGUGUGAAGAUGUAAGUCAGAUGCAAAACUAUGAGUUUCUUUUUUUUAUACCACCCAAUUUAUAUGACCAGCUUCAAGUCUUGAUGUAA